CGUAAGGUUGCAUAUCACAUUGUGUAUCAUUAGUGCACGUUACAUAUCUAUAUUUCGUAAAAGUCUUAUUACUACUGUACGGAUUCUUAUAUAUUAUAUAUAUACCAAAAAACGUUUAGUAUCGGAUAAUACAUGCAUCGAACUGCAGUGUGCUGUGUGUCUAGUGAACAGUAUUUUUUCUUCUCCUCGACUUCGGUUCGAUUUUUCCACAGCUGCCGUGGAAUAGUCGUGCGUGUGUAUACGGCAUGAUGGACGCGGCUCGUCUGCAACGGUAUCUGCAUUAGGAGGCGUCUGUCGUGGAAAUCGAUCGUUGAUUUAUCAGCUGCGGUAUAAAAUAAGCCCCAGCGCGUUCGAGCGUAAUUCGUUUUGACAGUUAGCCAGAGAGCUAGCUAGCUUUAGAGCUCGCAGCAGCAGCGAGGCGAGUUGUAAAUCAACAUCGUUCGAAAGAACUUGAGGAUUUAACCAAACGAUCCUCGAGUCGAUUGGGAUCGAUCAGCUGUUAUUAUGUUACAAGUAUCGAGUAGCAUGAAUUACAUUGGCAAGUUCAUCAGCAACUUUCGUGACUUUUACAAUGAGAUCAAUACAGCGACGCUCACCGGUGCCAUCGACGUCAUCGUGGUGCAGCAGCCCAAUGGCGAAUACAAGUGUUCGCCAUUCCACGUACGCUUCGGCAAGCUGGGUGUACUGCGCUCCAGGGAGAAGAUUGUCGAUAUUGAAAUAAACAAUGAGCCCAGAGAUAUUCACAUGAAGCUCGGCGAAGCUGGCGAGGCAUUUUUUGUGGAAGAAAUUCUGCUGUCCGAAUCGAGGAGAGAGGAUAUCGCUCCCAAUCUAGCCUGCUCGCCAAUACCCAAAGAUAAAGAAGAAGAUCAUUUUCCAGUUGAUAAUAAAAAUAGAUUUAAUAUACUGUCAGAUCUACCCGAUGAGCAACAUGAAAUGAUUCUCAGAGAUUCUGUCAUGUCAAUUGAGCGUGAAAAAUGGGAACAAAUGUCAGCUUUACCAGCAGAUGAAAGAGAAAACUUUCUGAUUGAACAUUUUUCUGAACUUCCUGUCGAUCAGCGUGAAAAGUGGCUUCAAAUUGCUACUCUGACCACCGAAGAACGAGACAAGAUUUUUAAUGAAUAUUAUGGAACUAUAUCUACAGAACAGAAGCAGAGAAUUAUCAGUGAACAGUAUUCAGCUUUGAGAAAAGAAGAUAAAGAGAGACUUUUCAAAGAAAACUUUCCAGAGUUGCCAGCUGAACAGAGACAAAAAUUAGAGAAGGUCCUUAUCACUGAUUGGAAGCAGAAAGAUGCUGGUCACUCUCCAAAAAAGACUAAUCGCGAAGCUGGAUCAGCUGGAGAAUGCGAAGACGAAGAGGUCGAAGAUGAUGAAGAAGACGAUCGCGUGAACGACGAAGAGGACAUCUUCGACAUGGACAGCAUAAAUCAGGACGACAAACCCAAGACACCGCCAGCCAGCAACGCCAAAUCGUUCGUCGCCGUGACCGCGAGCGACCGCAUCAGAAAGAUCAGCGUGGUCAAGAACGACUUCCGUCCCAUCAACGACGACGAAUCCAAGGCUCAUCUGCCGCAAUCCACUUCCUCGUCCUCGUCCUCCAUCAGAAACUCCAGAGACGAGACGGCGAACGACGACAACAAAGCCGGCAACAAGCGCAAGCGCAAGCGUAAGAGCGUCAUGAAGAGGAAGAGCACGGCGAGGAAGAUCAGCGCUCAGACCAGCAACGAGUCCAACGGCAGCAACGAACAUCCCAAAGAGGACAACGAGCUACCGGAAAACGAAACGACGAAAUUGGAUCACAGCGCCGAGACAACGGCCGCUUUAUCCAAGAUAAGCGUAACGCAUCCGUCGACCGAUUUCCACUUCUUCAGCGACACCGAGGUCACGACAACCAACAAAGAUUCGAGGCCGAACUCGCCGAUACAGUCGGACACGGAAUUCGAGGUGCAAAAGAUCACGCAGGAGAGCAGCGUCGGCCAGGAGAACCCGGGUGGCAGCUGGAAAUGGGGCGAACUGCCCGUGAGCGCUGCGCCGCAGCACGACGUAUCGCUCGAGGCGCGUCGCGAUCCCGUCGACGCAUCCAGCUCCAACGCCGACAGCACAGUUAAGAAAACUAACGUGAAAGCAAUAAGUAAUAAUAACUCUAAUCCAGCUACCGAGGCGCACCGCUCCAUGCUCGGAGGGAUGUUCUCGUUCAUGAAGAAAACUUCGCGGGUCAGGCACAAUCCGGAGUCGGAGGGCAUUUACCUCAGCGAUCUCAACGCCGACGAGCUCGACCCGGAGGUCGCGGCGCUCUACUUUCCCACGUCCUAUCGCGGACCGGGUGGUAACGCGACCAAAGAAAAAGCUCGCGACGAGGAGGACGCCGAGUCGGGUAACGGCCCGUCGCUGCCGCAAUCGCCGAACAGCGUCGCGGGCGCCAUAGGAGGCCCGAAAUCGCUCGACAGCGACUUCGACGAAUCAUCGACAACGACGACCAAUCGUCAUCAUCACCAUCGUCAUCAUCAUCAUCAUCAUCACGAGCAUCAGGACUUCGAGUCGCUCGACGUCGCCCUCUCGCUGUGCGGCAGCAAUCUCGACGAGGCCACGUUCCAGCGUCACCUGCUGAGCUUCGAGGACUGCUGCAGCGAGCCCAAGAUCUUCGCCAAUCCCAAUCUCACCUGCCGCAUCAACGGCAAGUAUUACAAUUAUCAGAUCGCCAGCGCGAUGAUCAUGACCUACGCGGCCUAUCAGCGACACCUGAACAAGAACGCGGUUGAGAUGUUGGAGGGCGGCAGGAAGAAGAGCGACGCCGCGAACAUCGCCGCUACUGCCAAGGAUGCAAAUGCCGCCGAGGCCAACAGUACCACCGAAGCCAGCGGUGGUGGAUACAGCUCGUGGUUCUCCUGGAGAAGAUCGAGCCAGCCUGCCAAAAAAUCGCCCAAUUCUAGCUUUAUUAAAUCCGACGAUCCAGUGGUAACUCCGGCGGUCGCGUCGACGGAGGCGUCGUCGGAAACGAACGCCGCGGAAACUUCAUUGGAAGAUCAACAAGACCACAACAGCAGCAACACCAUCGUGAAUUCGGACUCGUCGGACAGCGUCGUCAGUAAGACCACCAUAAUAGUCAGCGAGGAUACCCAAGUGAACGCGUCGGAAAUGACCAACAGCGUGGAGAGCUUCGGCACGAGUCAGUCGAUCGCCACGAGCUUCAGCGACGCGAUCGAGGACAAUAGCGCGAAAUUGGAUUCGACGACGCAGCAGCAGGCGUCAUCGGUCAACAAAGACGCGUCGAACGAGCCCGGUUACUGCGCCGGCAACGAGGCCUCGGACGACGACGAGGACGACGUCGAGAACGACGACGACGACGACAACGACGACGGUGGCGAUCGUGUCAACGAGACCACGAGCGCCGCCAUCAACAUACCCAAGCCCGGCCCGGGCCGUCACAGCCUGUCGACCGGCGGUGGCUCGGCCGACCACUCCAGGGUUUAUUACAAUUAUCAGAAGUCCCUGAGGCUCACCUCGGAGCAGAUCGAGAGUCUGAAUCUCAAGGACGGCGUGAACGAGGUGGUGUUCAGCGUCACGACGGCCUAUCAGGGCACCACCCGCUGCAAGUGCCACAUCUACAAGUGGCGCUGGGACGACAAGAUCGUCAUCUCGGACAUCGACGGCACGAUCACGCGCUCGGACGUGCUCGGCCACCUGCUUCCCAUCGUGGGCAAGGACUGGGCGCAGAUCGGUGUCGCCCAGCUCUUCACCAAGAUCAAGGAGAACGGCUACAAGCUGCUGUAUCUGUCGUCGCGCGCCAUCGGCCAGGCGCGCGUCACCCGCGAGUAUCUCAAGAGCAUCAAGCAGGGCAAUCUGUCGCUGCCCGACGGCCCGCUGCUGCUGAAUCCGACCUCGCUGCUGUCGGCCUUCCAUCGCGAGGUCAUCGAGAAGAAGCCCGAGGAGUUCAAGUCGUCGUGCCUGAACGACAUCAGGAAGCUGUUCCCCUCGGACUGCGAGCCGUUCUACGCCGGCUACGGCAAUCGAAUCAACGAUGUAUGGGCGUACAGAGCCGUGGGAGUACCAUCGACCAGAAUAUUCACGAUCAAUCAUCGUGGCGAACUGAAGCACGAACUAACCAACACUUUCCAAUCAUCGUACUCCAACAUGAGCUACAUUGUGGAUCACUUUUUCCCGCCGACGGCGCGCGACGAGGUGGCCGGCGACUUCGGCAAUUUCUGCUACUGGCGCGACCCGAUCGACAGCUUGCCGGAAGCCGAGCAGCUGAUCGUGGCGUGAAGACGAUGAAGUGCCUGGCCGCAGCGUAUGAGAUACGCCGCGACUGCACACACAUUGCGUACGGAAGUUUUUGUACUUUAUGCAUGGGGAAAAUUAACUUUUUAUUUUUUUAUCCUUUUUUUCCCACGAUGCACGUCUCUCUCUCGAUUCCACUGGUGCGCGUUUAUACUUGUGUAAAUCGAUGCGAUCGUUUUGCACGUAUACGCGACAAUCGUAAGAAAAAAAGGAGCAAGCAAUAAAAGUAUUAUAAUUAGAUGCAGCAAAUGCAGAAUUGCUAUUGUAGACUUGCGUAAUCGAUCAGGAAUUCCCUAAAUGUAACUUUUCUCUCGUGUAAAUGAUUAUUCUAGUCUUAAAUGCAGUCGACUACGUAUAAAAAAAAA